AUGGCGUCCAUCGUCGACCGCCGCAAGAUCCCGGGCAGCUCGCGCCGUCGAGCUAGCUCGACUUCGACAAGUCCGCCCGCUGCCGAGCCCGCCUAUGUUGGCCCGCGUUCAGCUCGGCACUACCGCUCUCCCGACCAGCCCUCAAGCAGGUUCGCCGUCACGAGCCUGGACGAGCAUGCCAGGCUGCUCAGGGUCGGUAUCGCACGAGACGGUGUCGACGCGCUUCGGCAGCUCGUCUCCAGCGAGCCGGGCCGGCUCGACGAGCUCGUGCACAACGCCAUGCACCGCCAACGAGUCGAUGCCGACGAGUCCACCACGAGUAUGGUGCUUGUCGUCAGGCCGACGCCGCUCGACGAGCCCGUUCGCCCAGCUUUCGCAGCCGGUCUGAUCGUCUUCUACGACUCGACUCGCCGCCGCUCAUCGAGCCACGACUCGACGUCGUCCGCCGUCGCCGACGCCCGCCGAGCGGUUCACCCUGCCAUCGACCUUCGCCUCGGGCACCACGUCAUCGCGCUGCAGCUCGUCGACGGCGCGCUCGCCAACGUCGGCCGCCCGCCGCCGCAACCGGCGUCCGACAUGCCGCGACUCGUUUGGCGCAACGACGGCUCGUCCCCGGCGACGUGGGUCCGUGCACGACCGUCGCCGCUCUUGCCCGCCGGGACACGGCUCGAGAGCCACGAGGCGUACGAGUCGCUGAACGAGGCCGACGUUCCUCGGCACGACCAGGUCGCGCUGUGCGCGGCGCUCAAGGCGGUUCUCGCGCUCGUCGAGCUGCACAUCGGCGCGCCAGCUCACGAGGUCGUAGCGCGCUCUCGGCCGGGCGUCGUGUGGGAGCGCGAGGUCGGCACGAUGCGGGCGCAGCUCAAGCAGGACUACAAGCAGGGCGCAGAAUUGCUCGUCUCGAGCCCUUUCCCGGGCGCGCAUCCGCUGCACUUCUUCGGCCGCCUGUGCUGGACCUGGACUGGCGCCGAGUACGCCAUUUUCGAGCUCGUCGCGUCGGGCAAGUACUCGAUCGAGCUGCGCGUCCUGCGCACCUCGGGCGACGGCGUCGUCAACUUUGGCCGUUUCUGCGGCUUGCCGAUCUACACCAAUACGCCGCCCGAGAAGGACUCGGCGCCCAACGUGCGCGACUUGCGCGUCCACUUCCGGAUCCUCGGCACCGUCCAGGGCGGCAACGAGCACUGGGUCUUCGUCACGCCGUUCGACGCUCUCUUCACCUCUCUUCGGACGGACUUGCAUGCGGGCGACGCCGGUCUCGCGCUCCUCACGCCCAUCCUGCCGCCUGUCGCGCCCGCCGCAAGCCUCGGCCGCAGGGUGUACUCGGGCGUGCAGCGGGUGCGAGGGCGCCUCGGGGCGCCUGACGGCAGCUUCAGGCAGGGCAUCGCAGCAACACGACACAUCGCGGGCGCUACCGCCUCGAGCGCUUUCGCCCUGGGCAGCCUCGUCCAGUUCUAG